CUUCUCCCCCCUCGGGCUCACACUAAAGAACUGGCUCCAACACACGCUAAAAAGUAUAAGUGUGUUUCGGUGUGUUUGCGUCAAUUCUAAAACGAUCUCGUUGUUUUCAAAUUUGCUGAAAUAAAAUGAAGCUAGUGAGGUUUCUGAUGAAACUCAGUCAUGAGACUGUGACGAUUGAAUUAAAAAAUGGUACUCAGGUGCAUGGGACAAUCACAGGAGUUGACGUCGCGAUGAAUACUCAUCUGAAAACCGUAAAAAUGACGAUAAAAAAUCGUGAUCCAGUACAACUAGACACUCUUAGCCUGCGUGGCAACAACAUAAGGUAUUACAUUCUACCGGAUUCACUACCCCUGGAGACGCUCCUCAUAGACGAUACACCAAAAGCCAAAGCCAAGAAGAAGGAGGCAGCAAGAGGUGCUGCUCGCGGACGAGGACGUGGAGGUCGUGGGGCACGUGGAGGCCGCGGAGGACGUGGCAGAGGACGGGGCCGACGAUAAUUACGGCCAUAGUCACCGAGGAAAUGAUCAUCUUUCUUCAAUAUCACGGAGAGUGACAAAUUUCCAUUUUUCACAUUGGUUUAAGUUAUAUUACAGAAACGUAAUGACGUAAUUAGGAUUAAACUGGAGGCAAGAAAAUAAACUUUUCGAAUUUUCUGA